AUGGGAAACCAAAUAGCCAGAGAUCGUGGCACGGGGAAAAUCGUUUACUGGGAUGGUUCGGUUCAAGAGUUUGACGAACCAGUAACGGUGGCAGAGCUCAUGAUGGAGCACCCACAACAGGUUGUGCUUGAUUUUCAUUCCGCUGUGAAGCAGAAAAGGCCAACCCCACUGUCAGCAGACGAAAAGCUGGAGAUGAAGAAAACGUACGUGAUGGUUCCGGUGAAGCGAGGGAAGCCUGUGGGGUUGAGCCGCGAGGAUAGUCGUCGUAUUCUCUUCAUCGUUAACUCUGCUCUUCAUUCCAGGUAUUUUGUUUCUUCUUCGGGGUUUCUUCCUUGGCUUGCACGGUUGUUCCACAAUGAAGGAGAGGUUGCGGUGCUGCUGAGAAAAGAAGAGCCGGUGAACACGGAAGAAAGAUACGAUUUUUCAGAAUUUUUGCCGGAAAUGAUAGAAGGAAGACCAGAGUUUUUGAGUAGGCAGUUAUCAGGAAAAGGGUGGAAACCUAGUCUGGACACCAUUAAAGAGAAGAAAGUUAACAGAAAACUAUCAAGAUGGUUAUUUUUUCUCAAGAGUUUUACUGCUGCAAAGAUUUAG